AUGAGCAUUGAGGAUUAUAUACCAAUUAGUCGGCGCGCUAUGGAUGCUGGGCAAUCGAAUUCAAUGGAUGGUUACAGCAAAGGUAUGAAGGGCCAACAGCGACCUGAGCUGCCGACGGGGUCGGCCAGGAGCCAAAUCUUACUGAAUGAUCCAAAUACCGAUCAUAUCUACUUAAAGGUGACGCCCAACUUGUUUACAGCUGAAAAAUUGCACUUAUUUGAGGCUAUAGAUAUGUAUACGUCUUUCAUCAAAUGUGCAAAAUUCCUGGAAAAUGGUGAGCGCUUGCAUAACCUUAGCUGGAGGAUAAUGAACAAAUCCCUUCUGAAAGAGCAUGAUAUUAAUCGGUCCAAGACACGUGAUGGGGUCAAGAACUUGUACAACGUCAUCAAUCCAGCUAACCAGAAGGGCCUGCUGGGCAGCCUCAAUAAUGGUGAAAAGAACCAAAAUAUUAAAGCUGGAUCAAAUCAUGUGUUAAAGCGAGAUCAAUAUGUUGAGAGCGCUCGGGAAGAAACGGAGGUUACCGCUGCAAACCCGAGGCCACAUUCCGAAGGCUAUGGAGAGAAAAAUACAUCGGUGAAUGAAACAAUAUCCCGAAGAGUGUUAUCUUCGACUAACGUUGUACCAUCAGGAGACCCGAAGUUUGUUCGGACGGCGUCUUUGUUUGCCUGUGGGAACCAUAAUUAUGGCCAUGGAUCAAAUGCUACGCAUGGACAAUUAAAUCAGUUGUCGUUAUUUGCUCAAAAAUCCGAGGAAAUCGGAGCGCAGGGAAAGCAGCAGCAUCAAAAUCAUCAACAUAAUGGGAACACUGUUCACAGUUUGUUCUAUAGCAGUGAUGACGAAGAAUCAGAUUGGGAUUCGAUAUCUGAGGACAGUUUUUUGUAUGACGACGACGAUUAUGAAGAUGAGUUUUACGAGAAACAAUGGGAUAAACUAAUGUUUAACAAAAAUAAGAUAAAUUCACCCUCCAUAUCGCCCCCUCAUUGUGGGGGAGAUGAUGAAGGCAACGGUAGUGGCGGAGAGAUUAAAAAGUCAUUGUUGAGUGACUUGUUUCUGCAUAAAGCGCCACGAAGCAAUGGCAUUGUGUCCCCUAAUACCUCUAUAAACAGCAUUGGACCAAUAAUAUCAAGAAAAUCUUCGGCAGCUGCUACAGGCGCAUCCAAUGUGACGGCAUUGGGGUCAUUGUCAUCUUCGCCCUCCCAAUCAAAGAUUAAUGGUCUUAGCGAAAUCUUAAACGGUAAUGGACUGGUCUCGAAUCUGACGUUACCUGCGCAGACAAUUAGACGCAUUUCAAGAAGAGGCUCAUUUAGUAGCAUUGCGUCUGAAUCAACGCGAGAACGAUAUAACCAUGAAUCUAACGCACCGCCGACAGCACAAACUAUAUUGCCAACAGCAUUGUCAACUCAUAUGUUUCCUCCGAAUACCGUACGGCAUAAGCGCAUGAAUAGUAUACAGUGCACCUCAAUCCACGGCGGCUUAUCUAAUGAAUGUUUUAGAAAGGAAUGCGUUGAAAUACCGUGUAAAAACCGCAACAACGGUUUAUUAAAAACCAGAAUGGAACUCUCUGCUGAAGAAAUUUUCAACAAAGAAUAUCAGUAUACUAGGAAGUAA